AUGGCCACCACAACAACCCAUACCUUGCUCCAAGCAGCCCGCGUGGCCCCAGAAAUCUUUGAACUGCGCCCCGAUUACCGCGCCCUCUUGAUGGUCGUAGAGGGCAUUCCCUCCGGCUCCAGCGAUGACACGAGCGAGACACUCCUACACGAAGCAGAAAUCCACGUCAAAGAAAUGGCCUGCAAGACUCCCAUCACCGAAUUCCCACACAUCGCCGCAUGGAGAGAAGCAUACAAAGGAUUCGGCGCCAAACCCAACAAAACACGCAACAGUCUCGAGGCAUUAACCCGUCGAGCUGAGGCCGGUCUCCCGCGCGUCAACCGCCUGACGGAUAUCUACAAUGCCAUCUCCGUCAAGUAUCAAAUUCCCCUCGGUGGCGAAGAUCUCGACAAAUACGACGGAUCGGCUUUUCUGGUCCGCGCCACCGGCAAGGAGCCGUUCCAGACUUUCUCGGGUGGUGAGGCUCAGACGGAGAUCGCUGCGCCAGGUGAGCCGAUCUGGUGUGAUGAGACUGGUAUCACUUGCCGGCGGUGGAAUUGGAGGCAGGGUCCGCGUACGGCGUUGACGGACCAGACUACGCGCGUCUUGUUCAUUCUGGAUGCACUUGAGCCGCUAUCGGAUCAGACUCUGUUCCAGGCUGCCAAUGAGCUUGCUUCUGCAUUGAAGUCUCUUUCGGCGGAUGUCACGACUUCUCAGCGCUUAAUUGGGCCUUGCAAUUGA